AUGGCAGAUUUGUGCCCGCCGAUCACCUCCUUGUCGCGCCGUUCAUCGGGAUCAUCAGAUGUGUAUCAACACAGCCCUUCUCCAUCACGCCGUUCCUCAGGACUAGACCAAUAUCCCUACUGUAUUUCGUCAUCACGCCGUUCCUCUGGCUCGGACAACUAUCUCCAGGUCACCUCCUUAUCACGCCGUUCCUCUAUAUCGGACCACUCUUCACAGAGCCCCUCUCCAUCACGGCGUUCAUCGGGAUUAGAAUAUCCCUAUUUCGGAUUUUCAUCACGUCGUUCCUCUGGAGCAUCAGAUCAGUUCCCGCAAGCCACAUCUCCAUCACGCCGUUCCUCUGGGUCUGAUCACUACCCACAGGCCAUCUCUCCAUCAUGCCGUUCCUUCGGGUCACGACGUUCCUCUGGGUCUGAUCAAUAUCCUCAGUUCACAUCUCCAUCACGCCGUUCCUCGGGCUCAGACCAGUCCUCGGUGGCAUUUUCUGCAUCAUCUCGGUCUUCCGGGUCAGACCCUCAGGCUCCUUCUCCAUCACGCCGCUCCUCCUGCUUAGAUCAUUACCCCCUGGUUACAUCUCCCACAUGCCGUUCCUCUUGGUCGGAGAAACAUAACGUGACCUCCCCAUCACGGCGCCCUUCGGUGUUAGAACAGCAUCCCCAGGUUACAUCUCCAUCACGCCGUUCCUCCUGGUCUGAAAAACACCCACACAUCAACUCUCCAUCACGCCGUUCUUCCUGGUCGGAGAAACAAAACGUGACAUCCCCAUCACGCCGCCCCUCGGUGUUAGAACAGCAUCCCAAGGUCACAUCCCCAUCACGCCGUUCCUCUUGGUCUGAAAAACAGCCACACGUUACUUCCCCAUCAGGCUGUCCCUCUGGGUUAGAACAGCACCCAGAGGCUACCUCCUCACCACGCCCCUCCUCCUGGUGUGAGCGAAACCCCCGCAUCACAUCACCAUCACGCCGUGGGUCCUGUUCCGAUAUCACCAACAAACGGAAGGACACCACCUCCAGUCGUCCAGGGUCCCGGGGGUCCAACACCAGGGUCAAUCCUAAACCUGCCAGAGACCAACAAGCUCAGGGGUACGAGAGGCCAAGGGAGACGCUGACACCCUUCGACCGUCUGUGGCGCCCCCUGUACGCCAUAGAUGUCUUCUCCUUCAUCCCGACUCUGAUCAACUGUUUCGUUUUUGACGAUUCCGGCUGA